AUGCGGUCAACAGCUCCUCUUUUCAUGGCCCAGGGCAUUUGGGCAGGGUUCCGCUACUACCUUGGUCACUUCUUUUACCCCAACAUGUACAGGGAGUAUCUCUCAGUCCAGAACGCCCACAAAAUUGAGCGGGCGCUGCGCAUCCAAACUGCCAUCAAAGCAAACAGGGUGGACUAUCGUGCCCUACUUGCUCUUCCUGUGACGGACCAUGCGCAUCCAUACAAAAUGGAAUACCCUUGGGAGAAGGUCAUUAACACGGACAAAAGUAAACUUAGUGGGUACGGAAAGUGGUACGCUAGCAAAAUUAUGUGUUUCUACGAAGGCCUGCAAUACCAUAAAUAUGGCUGCCUUCAGGAUGAUCUCAUCAAUGCACAUGGCUGGUGGAACCGUGCUGCCCGUACCCGCGCCCCACAGGACAAAAUCGUACACGGAGACCGCCGUGUGAUGAGGGCCCGUGUGCUUCGCGACAAAUACAUUUAUGAGCCGAAGAGCCGCUGGGUACACCCAAUCGACAACGUGGCAUACUUCGGUCCGUACGUAAUGAUGGUGUGUGACGAGUGGGAGGAAAAGUGGGGAUUUUUCGCGGGGCAGGAGGUAGAGUACUGA